AACAGAUACGCGUUUUAAAUAAUUAAUGCGUAUGAUUAAGCAGGUGUAGCAAUACAAGUCUAGAAAUACUGAACGUUUUAGCGGUCUACUUAGUUUAAUACCGCUCAAACAACGCACCAUGUGGACUUAACUGGACUUUUCUGCUUCCUAUACAGUGUAAUUGAAAUUACGUUUGUGAAUUUAACAUGCAUAAUGAGCCCAUAAACUGUCUCAUUUGACCCGUAUAAUAAUUAAGUAAACAAUAGUAAAGAUGAAUAUUCAGUGCAUUUUAUAAUAAUAUUGGAGCAGAUUUAUAUUCGCCUUGUCAAGCUCGACAAUAAUGUUGUCAAUAAACCUGCUCCGGUUACACUCAGUGAUAAGAUGUUGUGGACAGAGAGACUUUCACUGCCGUCCAUCACUCUUUGCCUCUGCUCGGACUCAUCUGAUGAGGACAAACUCAUCUUCCUAUCUGAAAGCAAGAGGAUCUGUCACUGUUUCUCCUUCGUGUCUCUGUCUGAGGUCAAGAUUGAGACUGAACAGCAGUAUAACAGCGUUCAGACCUCCAGUUCAUCGAGUGAUCGUUCAGUCGACUCGUGAGUUUCACAGCUCAGGCAGACUGAGAGCUGUACCUGCACCCCUGGUAUGGCUGGUACUGAAGCCUCUGCAGAAGAUCAUCGCCAUCAUACUAGGCAGGAGCAUCAGAAAAUGGUGGAUGGCCCUGCCGGACAAUAAAAAGCAGCUGUUUCGUGAAUGGACAUGGCGUCGACGCUGGCACUUGUUGGGAGCUGUGUCGGGACUGCUGUUCUUCAUCUCUCUCCUGUUUCUCACCCACCUGGAUGAAUCUCCUAUUACAGGCAGGACCCGACUGCUGUUGUUCAGCAAGGAGGCCUUCAUGGAACUGGCUCAGUCCACUGCGGAAGCGUAUAUGGAGGAGUUUAAGGAUUCUCUGAUUGCUCCAUCGGACCCCAGGCACCAGGCUGUGGAGCUACUGGUUCAGACUCUGGUAAAGAGGAACAAGGAUAUUGCUGAGAUGUCCGCUGUCCCCUGGACCGUCCAUGUGGUUGACGGCCCACCCAUCAAUGCAUUUGUUUUGCCAAAUGGAGAGAUCUUCGUCUUCACGGGAAUGCUGCAGGCUGUAGCAGACAUUCAUCAGCUGGUCUUUAUACUGGGACAUGAGAUGGCUCACGCUCUGAUUGGUCAUGCAGCAGAGCAGGCCAGUUUGUCUCACGUGGUGGACCUGCUGUCUGUCGUCCUGCUAACGGCGAUCUGGGCCAUAUGUCCCCGGGACAGUUUAGCUCUGCUGGGCCAGUGGAUUCAGGGCAAACUAGUGCAGUUCUUAUUUGACCGGCCCUUCAGUCGUAAGCUGGAGGCAGAGGCGGACCAGGUUGGCCUACAGCUGGCUGCCAAGGCGUGUGCUGAUGUGAGGGCGGCCACAGUGUUUUGGCAGCAGAUGGAGAUCUAUGAUCAGUUGAGUGGCCAACCAACCAUCCCCGAAUGGCUGUCCACACACCCUUCCCACCAAAACCGUGUCAGACAGUUGGACCGCCUCGUUCCUGAGGCUCUGGAGCUCCGUGCACGCUGUGACUGUCCCGCCCUCCCCGAAGUUGACCCCCGUGUUGUUUUUUACAAGAGCGUUCAAUUGCUUCUAGGCAAAAUUGAAAAACAAGAGCUGAUGGAAAAAGAGGAAAAGAUUGAGAAAGAGAGAGCUGGAGUCAUGUUGCCAGUGCCACUCCCCCAAACCCAUCCCGUCCCGGCUCAGGGGUCUCAGCCUCAGCUGGGGGGAGUGCUGGCCACAUCCGCUCUGCCACAAACUCUGCUUAGUAAAUGAGACUUGAUGAAAUGUGACUGACAGGGACAAAUUCAAGCUUUCCUUUUCACUUCUCUUUUUCAAGUCCAUUGGCUCUGAACAAGGCCUGAGAGGACCGUCAGAUAGAUUUUUAUUUUUGAAUCCAUUACAUUAGUUGUCACUUUAAUACACAUUUGAUACCUACGUCAACUGCUGCGAUAAUAGUCUAAGUGAGAUUAUUUGGAAUAGGCAUGUGUACAUCAUUUGUGUGUGAUGCUUGAGUUUAUGCCCUAAAUUCAAGUAUCCGCUGCAGUGCGUUCGUGUUAAUAAUGGAGCAAUUCUAAAUGGGCUUUUAAUUGGAUUUAAUGAUGUCAUUAGCAUAAGACCCCUGUGAAGUUGAAUGCAUUAUGAUGUAUAGUACAUUAUUCAUCAAACAUCUGCCUUUGCUUUAAUGUCCUCUAUAGGUUCUAUCCUGUGAUAUAACUCUGCUGUAUAGCAGCUAAUGUCACUGAUUUUAAAGCUGCAUGGAGCUGUGGACACACUUCAUUAUUGAAAGGAUUUAUCAAUGGCCAGCUGACGCCAAAUGAGCCCAACGCUUGCGUUCUUGGCAAGUGUUGAUUUUAUUUUUUUAAAUGCACUGUGAAUAUGUGACUGAAAUUACACUCAAGAUAAAUGAAUUUCACUCA